AUGCAUUGCGGAAGUAACGGCCGCGGUUGGACCGUGUGACCGGUGGCCUCCGCCCCCGGCCUCGCUGUGCUGUCAUGGCGGACCCCUCACAGCUCCCGGUGACACCGAGCCGGCAUGAGAAGAGUCUGGGGCUGCUGACCAGCAAGUUCGUGUCUCUGCUGCAGGAGGCGGAGGAUGGAGUGCUGGACCUGAAGGCGGCUGCAGACACUUUGGCUGUCAGACAGAAGAGGCGCAUCUAUGACAUCACCAACGUUCUGGAAGGAAUUGGACUUAUUGAGAAAAAAUCCAAGAACAGUAUUCAGUGGAAAGGCGUUGGUCCCGGCUGUAACACCCGUGAGAUCGCUGACAAGCUGAUUGGUCUGAAAGCGGAGCUGGCAGACCUGCAGCGGCGGGAAGAUGAACUUGACCAGCAGCGCGUCUGGGUGCAGCAGAGCAUCACAAAUGUGACGGACGAUGUGCAGAACAUGGGUCUGGCAUAUCUGACCCAUGAGGACAUCUGCCGCUGCUUCCGAGGGGAGACGUUACUGGCCAUCCGAGCACCGUCAGGUACCUGUUUAGAGGUCCCAGUCCCUGAGGGGGCCAAUGGGCAGAAGAAGUUUCAGAUCCAUCUGAAGAGUUCCGCAGGGCCCAUAGAGGUUCUCCUUGUAAAUAAAGACACCUCAAACUCCCCUCCUGUUGUGGUUCCUGUUCCUCCUCCAGAAGAUAUUGUCCAGUCGCCUCCUGCAAUAACCAGCAGCGCCCAGCGUGUGGCGCUGCACCAGCAGCAAGAGGAGGAGACUAGAGCCGUUACCGCUCCCUCUGCACCUGAGUACCAUGAGGAUCGCCCAUCAGACGUGGAGAAUACUGGUCCCAGCUGCCUCCCGAGUGUGGACACGUGCCCCCUCCAGUCUUCUGCUUCCUUGGACAACAGUAUGGAGCUGCCAAAUGCUUCUACCUCAUUCCAGCCGAUAAAAUCUGACCCCUCAGACAUAUUGGACUUACCAGCCGAUCUCUCUGAACUAUUUGACCCGACGAAAGAAUGCCUGGCGUCCGACCUGCUGGCAGAGCUGAUGUCCUCUGAAGUGUUUGCUCCGCUGCUCAGACUCUCUCCGCCUCCUGGUGACCAUGACUAUGUCUACAAUUUGGAUGAAAGUGAAGGAGUCUGUGACCUGUUUGAUGUCCCCAUUAACCUUUGAUAUCAGAACUUGGCUUUGUGCCUUACUGUAGAUAUGGACGGCAAUGGUUCUCUAUAUUUGGAUGUGAGUUGGGUACAGUGCUGUUUGCGGCACAUAUGUGUGAUGAGACGACAGUCCUGAUCCUUUCCAUCCCAUGUGUGACGCCAUGAUCCAGCAGUGACUGCAAUGAGACUUAGAUGGUGCACGCUGGACACUUGGAUCCUCCACCGCCAUAUUGGGCUGUCACUGGCCAGACUCCCAGAGAUAAAUAUGUGGAUAUAAAGUUAUUUUUCUACCUGUC